AUGAGUAGCGGCACCAGCUGGGCCAAUUCCAGCGGCUUUGGUCAAAGCCAAUCCACCUCAUCCGGCCUCUUCGGUAACACCACCCAAAACCCCGGUUUCGGCGCAAGAUCGUCUUCGAUGGCCAAUCUUCUGUCGUUACUGAACAACGCCAAUUCAAACCCCUCUGCAGGCCCAUCUCUGUCGUUAUUUGGGUCUUCAGCAGCACAGGCGCAGCCUAGCUCGAGCAGCUCCUUUUCUUUGGGAGGUAAUGCGCUGGGCGGCGGUUUGUUUGGCAAUUCUGCAAGUGCUGCCAAACCUGCCAAUGCCACUGCAACGGGGGGUCUUUUUGGAAACUCUGGCAAUUCCAAUGCCCAACAAGGCGGUCUCUUUGGUAAUUCUGGCGGUAAUACAAACACAAAUACUGCACUGACCGGCGGCCUUUUCGGGAACACACCAUCUCAGAGCAGCGGUGUCCUUGGAAACAGCAACAACAAUAUGGGUGCCAAUACCACGUCUGGUGGUUUAUUUGGAAACACAAACACUGCUGCGACAAGUUCAAACCCCGCCGGUGGUCUUUUUGGGAACAGUAACAACACCUCUAAUACUCAAGCAAACUCCCUCUUUGGGGGAUCCAAGCCUGCCACCACCAGCACCACCAGUAAUUUGUUUGGUGGAUUGCCUCAAGCCAGUGCUGCCCCAUCCGGCGGCUUGUUCGGAAACUCUGCGUCUUCGACCAAUAAACCUGCUACUGGUGGCUUAUUCGGUGGUAGUGCAAACACAGCACAAUCUGGCGGACUUUUCGGAAACACUUCGAAUAAUCAAUCUGGCGGGCUUUUCGGAAAUAGCACCAAUAAUCAAUCCGGUGGACUCUUUGGCAGCGCAAACUCCGGUGGCCUCUUUGGUAACUCCUCUGCAUCGAACAACAUGGCUGGACAAGGUUCCAACGCGAUUAACUCCAUUUCUAAUGCUGAUCCAUACAAAUCCGAUACAACCAUAUCGUCGAUUAACAAAACAGCAAAUGUCAUGCCGCAAUCUAUUACAGGCUCCCUCUUCGAGGCAAAGAGUUCUACUCUUGAGCGCAGGCAGUCCCAGCCAGACGUCAAACCUCAACCGAAGAAGUCUUCAUUGUUAGGGAAACUAGCACAGACAUUUAACAUCUUUAGAGCUCCUGCAAAUACUAAGUCCACAAAGGACUCGGCGAAAUUCAUGGGUAUCUUCACACAACAGAAUUAUGCAACUGAGCACAGUCAAAUUCGAAAUGACGAUUAUAGCAUUGGUAAGAAACGUCCUCACUCUCAGUCUCUUAAACUUGGGAACAGAAACGUGGGUGAUAUUCGCAAAUUGGUUAUCAAAUCAAAACCGUCUCGUUUUGACUUAAUUGAUGCAAACAAAGUGCUCACAUCCAAACGCAGGCGUGUUGCAAAACCAUUGACAUCUCUCGCAUAUCAAAAUAAUAUUUUGACUGACGAAGAAUCCAGCGCAGACGAAAAAGAGGCCCCUGUCAAGCACAUUGCAGCAGGUAACCACCUGUUCUCCCAACCUGAGCAGGCAAGCGAACCAAAAUCAAAGCAAGCUCCUCUUUUCGAAAACUCAGAUGGCUAUUUCUGCUCUCCUUCCAUCAAAGAACUCUCCAUGCUCCCGACGGACCAACUUGCCUCCGUUUUUAAUUUCAUCGUGGGUCGUGUUGGUCAUGGACAAAUUGCUUACAACUACCCGGUAGAUUUGUCGCAGCUUUAUGAGAGAUGCGAUGGAGACUUCACCCAGAUUCAAAACGAACUCUUUGGCAAAAUUAUUAAAAUAGAUAAAACCAUCGUCCGGGCGUACGACGACCCCGAGGUUGAGUCCCCACCCAUGGGAUGUGAGCUUAAUGUUCCUGCUACUAUUACUCUCGUAGCGCCACCAACAUCUAACCGAACCGUGGAGGAUCAUAUUAAAAGACUUCAGAACAUCAUUGGUAUGGAUUUUAUUACAUAUGAUCCGAUUCUGUUCAACUGGACAUUCAAAGUCAAGCAUUUCUCAGUCUGGGGCCUCAUUGAUGAUGGUGAGGAAGAAGCAGAUGAAGCUCCAGACACCAAGCGCCUCAGAGAUUUGAAGAAGGAGCAAGACGCUCAUGAAGACGAGGCAAAUGACACAUAUACCAAGCUUUAUGAGAAUUCCGAAUACAGAAACGAAUUGAAAAGGCAGAAAAUCGAAAGACAAACAAGCGCAUUACCCGGUGGAUGGCUAUUCGACACCACUAUUGCCUCCGAAAGACCGGAUGUUUCCUUGCAACUGAAACAACAAAUUGUGCGAAACGAGAUCAAUCAAGAAAUCAAUCACUAUAAAGAGGGAAAAUCGGCUCUAGUACUUGCAAGCAAUGCCAGUGAUAUAACAGUUGAAUCCGACUCUGAAAGUGAAGUCGCAAGUCUUCAGGAAAACUUUGGAGAAGCUUUUCUCCCCGCUGAGCCUCGGCAAUUCGAUUACCUCAAGCAAAUCGUCAGUUCAAUGCCCUCAUCUGCCCAAUUUGAUGAUCUUGUAGAUGAGAAGGCCUACGAGCCUGAUAUCGAAGACGAGAAAGCCUUUGAGAUGGUAAAGUAUUCGCCCUCGAUCCCAUCCACAAAGGAUUGGAUCUUGCAAUUAGAGUUAGCCAAUGACAUUGAUUCUGCGUUGGCUCCAACUACAGUCAUUGACCAAGAAAAGCUGGCACUUCAGGCCGUCAAUGAGAUUUUAUUUGCGGAUAUCAGUAAGGGCCCUGUGGAUUUGGGUCAGGCCUCCACACCUCUCAAGGAGAAGAAAUUGCUGUCAAUUACUGAAAAACCAUUAAUAAGUAUUGAUAAGAAUGCGGCAGUCAGACUAAUCCAGAGUAUCAUGAUUAACUCUAAAAUCGAAGCAAGAAAAAACGGAUUUCCACAAUUGUCCUUCAGCGCAGACAUUACUUUUGAGACUUUUUCAAAAGUUUUGGUCAACGACGAAGAUCAUGAAUUGCUUGAGUUAGCCUCGAUUCUUUUGGACCCCAAGAAUAUAUCAGGCAUCCCAGAAUAUUCUAAUGUUGACUUGGGCAAUAUACCACUAGUCAAACGUCUUGAGAGUAAUCACCAGAAAUCAUUGCUUGCAAUUUGGUUCCGGAAGCAUUACGAAGCUCUUCACCCCUCUAAAUCUUCUGAUCUGUUGGAUGCCAUUUUCGAGUACCUUUGUUGUGGUGAGAUAAAGAAGGCAGUUGAGAAAGCAAUUGAGUCGCAAAAUCUUCAUUUAGCCUCUCUCAUUACUCUCAUCGAUUCGAAUGACAGCGCAGUAAAGAAUUUGGCUAGCGGCCAGCUUGAUUCUUGGAACGAUGCUCAAGCAACGAGCCUCAUACCUACAGCAGUUGUUGAUAUCCACAGAUUGCUUGCUGGCAAGUAUGACCAACUCUCAAAAAAGCCUGUCAAAAAUCUCUCCUUAGCAUUGAAGAUCUUUUAUGGCUCGAAUAGCGAGACCAUUGAUACGGUCACACAGGAGAAGGUCGAUAGUCUAGACUCCGGAGAUCUUCAGGAGAUAUUCCGUAUCUAUUCUUACAUAAAGAGAAACUUGAUCGGAGACGCGGCUUCGUAUCUCGCUCGCUCUAAUUUGAGCUUGAAAUUCAAGUGGAUUAUGUAUCAAGCAUCCAAAUUGCAUUCAGAAGCCAGUCAUGACUGUGAUUCAGUGACGCAAAAGCUCGUAGCUGAGCUUGAAAGUGCUGGAUUAUGGAAGGAGGCUAUUGCCGUAGCUGCAUCAAUGAACAGUGCUGGCGAAGCCCAUGACUUGAUAAGGCAAAUCGUGCUUGCAAACGUGGAUAAGUUAAACCAAGAGGGCGGAGAUGACGAAAAGUUCCUUGUCACAGUACUCAAGGUACCUAGAGGUUUGAUCUACGAGGCUAUUUCCAUAGAGAAGCGCCAAAAGCACGAUUUCUGGGGCUGCUGCCAAGCCUUGGCCACCGCAGAGUUAUGGGAUGAAGCGCACGAGGUUAUAGUUAACGAGCUUGGUCCAAUGACCGUGGUUGAAAAUGCGACUUCCUCAAUCUCUCGACUCCUAUCCCUUAUCGAGGCGUUCCCUAGUCAGGGUCUGAUAAUCACAAGUUGGAACCAAGGCGCCGGCUUGUUCGCUCGAUACUUUGAGGUUUUGGAGUCCUACGAGGAAAGCUCUCAAGUUGCAAAUGAGGAUAUUGUGUUCCUAUUGGACAACAUUGCACUUGCAACUGUGCCCAACACAUUUGCAGCCAAAACCGCAUUCAAGGUGAUGUCUCGCCGAAUUGCCGAUUUAGCUCUCGCAAGCGGAGAAAAAUUCAGCAACCUCGAUGACAAAUUAUUUUCCCUCAAGCUUGGCGAGAACGAAAAAAGAUAUUUGACCUCGCGCUUGGCGGCUGCUUAG